AUAAAGGUGUCCACAUAUUUUGGGUGGCCACAGAGAGUGGUAGAAGACUCGGGGUGGAAAUACUAUGGCAUUCUAUUUGAAGACUUUCUACACUGUGUUGGUACUGACACUGACAGGAGGCCUUGAUCCUACCAGUGUCUCAGCAGCAUCUCCUAAUCCUAGUGGUCCUAAUUUAACAGGCCUUUCCUACGUGGGUCGGGUGAGAGAUGGAUACGAGACGACCUUCACCUGUACCUCCAACUGUAUCCCAGGAUGCACCUACACCUGGCUGCUGAAGGGGCGCACUUUCAAUGGGAGUGAGUUGACCUGGACCCCAGAAGGUCUGGACCGCAUUGUGGAGCUGCAGUGUACUGCGGUCAACACAGAGAGUGGGAGCUCAAAGAGCAUAACCACAAUCUUGGAGGUGAAAAGCUCAGUGUCCGUGAGGCCCAGCCCACAGCUCUCUCUCCCCAUUCUCACCCAGUCCUUCAGCCUGGACUGUAACGGCUCCUUCCCAGGCCUGCCAGUGCUUUGGUACAAAGACGGCCAGGUUGUAGCUCCAGACGCCAGGAUAAACCUGUUGGAACACAACACCUCCCUCCACUUCAACUCCCUGCUGCCCUCUGAUGGUGGCUUCUAUCAGUGCGAGGUGACCAUGGCAAACAUGGCUGAAAGCAAGGUCACAAGCUUGGGCUACCUGCUAAACUUUGAUCAUUGGAGUGUUAGUAUCAGUGGCCCUGACAUAGUGUUGCCUGGGAGGGAAUACACCUUUACCUGCCAGGUGAACUGCACUGUCGACCUGGACUGCUCCAUCCGCUGGCCAUUGAGAGGGGGUAUCCUUACUAGCGCCUACUUCUCCGUGAGGAAGAAUAUCCUGAAAUGGAUCCCGUCGGUACCUGGUACGGUCCAGAACAUCACCUGUGUGGUGGAGAACACAGCAGCUGGACGCUCUGCAGAGGCCUCUAAGACAGUGAAGGUCACAGGACCCACAGUAUCAGGAUCUGAAACAGUGAGGCUGAGUGGAUUUUUAGGACUGGUCCUCUGUAUGGGACUGCUGUUCCUCCUGGAUCCCUAGGAGGGGCGCUAUAAGACUACAGACGAUGGGAAGGACAGAGGAGAACAUUGAAUGAGUUCAGGUUCACCUUCAGAACGAAUAAUAAAACAGGAACCAACGUUUUGAAACUCUUAAUCCUGUCCAAUAAGAAUGCUAAUUUCUCAGAGUAAGAAUAUAAGGAUAAAAGAAUGUUUCCUCUGUUGUGGGAUAAUGAUAGUUGAGUCAUUGGAAGUUUCCAGUGAAUUAUGUUUAUCAUCCACAUGCAGUGGGUAACGAUGAGAAAAUAACAAAACGUACAUAUUGAUGUUAUCUAUGUAAUAUUUUCUUAUUUGCAAUAUGUACUGUAUUAUUAUUAUCUUUGUUGUUGUUGAGAUCAUAAAAUAAACUCCCAAAUGAUUGUGGUAAUAGA